GGAGUUGCACAUUGAGUUUAGUUAUUUUGUCUCUGACACGCAACGAGGAAAAUAUUCAUGAAACCCAAAACGACCAGAAGUGCGAGUGUGAAACUGUGCCAAAAAAUUAAAGAGAGAUGUGAAGUUAAUCACUGAAGCAGAGGUGCCAAUACGAAACCGAAACAGAGCAGAGUGUAGAAAAAAAAUCGGCAAGUGAAUGGGACGAGUCCACGAAACCCAAACGGGAAAAAUUGAGUUACUAGUCCAUCUGAUACGGCGUCGGAAGCGUCUUCUGUAAAAACGAAAAAACACACAGUGCGCAAAAAAAAGGAAAUAAUUGGAUAAUUGAGUUCUUCGAGACGGGCUCAGUUGGUGAAUCGAAGGAUCUGCUCCUUUUUGGACGGGACCAACUCGGUGUACGGUGUACCAUCGAAAUUGAUGCCAAGAUUUUCCAUCUAUUUGUGUGAUGAUCUCUGACUAACAUUGAAUGUUAAGCGAACCAUCAGAGCUUAUCUGAUGCAAUGUCAACCAAACGGUAGCAGCUAAGCUCCAAGUGAUUCAUCACAUCUUCCACAGCGCGGUCCAUUCACUCACACACACAUAAACAUAUCUGCUAACGAUCGAUCAGGACUCCGAUCAAGAGCCUGACUUUCAUCGCACAUAACGCACCAAAAUCAAACAUCGAACUACACCAAUAAUGACGACACCCGCACCUUACUUCCAAGUGGUGAGCCAUCUCGGGCUCGUCCUGCUGAUCUUGGUCGGCUCGGCAGCCAAUAUAGUCAACACCGGCACCCAGCGGUUCGCCAUGGAACCGCAAGACCAAACGGCAAUCGUCGGAUCGAAGGUCACCCUGCCUUGCCGGGUUGAGUCCAAGGUCGGUCAACUCCAGUGGACCAAGGACGACUUCGGACUGGGCUGGCACCGGAACCUUAGCGGUUUCGAUCGGUACUCGAUGAUCGGCAGCGACGAAGAGGGUGACUACUCGCUGGAGAUUUAUCCGGUGAUGCUGGAUGACGAGGCGCGGUACCAGUGUCAAGUCAGUCCCGGGAAAGAUGGAACGCCCGGUAUGCGAUCACGGUUCGCAACCAUAACCGUAUUGGUACCUCCUGAGCCACCGAAGAUCAUUCAAGGAGACUUUCUCGUAACAACCGAGGAUCGGGAGAUCGAGCUGGAAUGCGUUUCCGUUGGUGGUAAACCAGCUGCCGAGAUUACAUGGAUCGAUGGUCUCGGAAAUGUUAUCACCUCCGGUAUUGAAUACGUCAAGGAACCGCUCACUGAUACUGGCCGGUACACGGCAAAAUCGAUCCUGAAAUUGACACCAAAAAAGGAACACCACAACACUUCCUUCACUUGUCAAGCGCAGAAUACGGCUGACCGAACGUAUCGUUCUGUUAAACUGAAGUUGGAAGUGAAAUACGCUCCCAAAGUCAGCGUGUCGGUAAUCGGUGGAGCGCUUGCAGGAGGAAGGAUCCCUGAAGGAGCUGAAAUACGACUGUCCUGCCAUGCAGAUGCAAAUCCAAGUGACGUCAGCUACAAGUGGUUCAUUGCCGAUGAACCAGUCACAGGGGAUUAUACCACCGAAAUGAUCAUUCACAACGUUUCGAAAAAGUACCACGACGCAGUUAUCAAGUGUGAGGUGCACAACGCCGUUGGCAAAAGCGAAGAGAGCGAAAUUCUGGACAUCAGCUAUGGACCAACCUUCCGUUCUCGACCGAAAUCGGUGGAAGCGGAUUACGAUCGACCCGUAACCCUCACGUGUGACGUUGACGGGAAUCCCACUCCGGAGAUCAUUUGGGUUCACGAAGAAACGAAUCGCGUCAUAUCUACAUUUGCCAACAUCACCGUCAUCGCUUCCCGGGAAACGGCCGGUAGCUACUACUGCAAAGCGAGCGUCAUGGGCUUUCCGGAGAUCGAGGCAAUGGCGUCCCUAUAUCUGAAAGGACCACCCCGGAUCCGGUCCCAGCGGUUGCAGUACGGAGCGGUCAACGAUAACUCGCAAAUUCAGUGCGAAGCACUAUCCGUCCCCAAAGCGAAACACGUCAUCUGGACCUACAAUGGGCUGGAGAUCAACAACGAAAACGACUACACAAUACUGGAGAAUCACCAACCGGAAGGGGUGCGAUCCACACUCAUCAUCAACAACAGCCAGAAGCAGCACUUUGGCGUGUACAACUGCACUGUGAUCAACGAGUACGGUAUGGACUCGAUCGAAAUCGAUUUCAAAGUUUCCAAAGACACGAUACUGCUUCCGGUUAUCAUAUUCGGCUCAAUCGGAGGAUUCGUACUGGUGAUCAUCGUGAUCAUCAUUACAAUGUGCUUUUGUGUGAAAAAGAGCAAGAAGAAGCUUCCACCAGCUGAUGUUAUUCCAGAGCAACACUACAUCACCGAGAAAGCUUGCAAGGAAAGCGACCGAUCAUCGAAUGUGAGCGAUCUGAAAAUCGAUCGUGAUCACGAAUAUUCGGAAACCUGUUCCGGCACCGACAGUAUUGCGACGAGACUGGCAAUGAACAUUUUGGGUUCGUCGAGUGGAAGCAACAACAGUGGCAAUGGGGGAACCUGUGUCGGAGGAGGCGUCCCACUGGCUGGCCCAGUGCGAAUUCCUAACGAUUAUAGAUAUUCAGGUGACUUCACUGACGGACUGGGACCACUGCAGUCCAAAAUUGGUCAAAACAAUGGAGGAUAUGUGCCGUACGUGGACUACGCUCACGACUACAACAUGCCGCUUCAUGUGAACACCAACGGUCAGCUGCCAAACGGAAACAUGAGUCUGACGAGGCAUCGCGAGCUCAGACAGGACAAUGGGCUUCCGAGCAUUGGAAGUGGCAUGGGAUCGCUGUCAAACAGCCUGAUGAACACUUCCCUCAUGACCGCUCCAAGCAUAGAUCCACGGUACAGUGCCACCUACGGAAAUCCGUAUUUGCGUAGCAGCACGGCUCAGCUGCCACCACUACCGCCACCGAGCACCGCAAACCCGGCGGUAACUCCGGCGCCACCUCCGUACAGUGCCGGUCGUGGCCAAAGCUCGCUUCUAUCGAUGGGCGUCAAUUUGGGUGUCGGAAACGGGCUGAACAGCGGCAGCAUCGUCGGCAUCACCUCAGGCCUGACGAGUCCCGAAUCGGUGCGAUCGUCGUCCGGCGCCAACACCAGCAUGGACCAAACGUCCCAACAGAGUCAGCCAACGCCAACACUGCCACAGUCCGGAACAAGUCCCGGGCCUGGCCAAUUCAUUCUUCCAGCAAACGGGGAUCUGCGGAAAGGUGCCCUGGCGACACACGUCUAGCGUAAGCGUCCGGAUAUUUACCUCUUACUACUUAGUGCGCCCUGUGCAUAGAUAUAUGUAAGCAGCUUCUAGUACUCUACAUUGCCGAUGGGCAGCUUUCCGUUGGAUGGGGUAGAGAUGCUCUACACAUGUAUGUAGGGUUUGAAUGUGAUAAAAUCUUGCAAGAUGGUAGCGUGACAUAUUUGAACUCACAGAGUUAAUUAUGAUUAUGACAACAAUUACGAUUUUGAUUAUUUUUAUUUAAUGUUUGUAAAUUUGAAUUUUUACAUUCUUUGAUUCUGUUCCUCAACUAAAUUACUGAAUACGUGUUUCCUUUUAACAAUAUUAUUUGCGCUAUUUGCGUUUUUUGAAGUAAUGGAAUCAACACCAAUGUAAAUUUAAUUUAUUUGCAAUCUUGAAGCAUUUCUCUUUUCACUCUAAAUCAGAAGCAUUCGCUCCUAUCAUCUGCAAGUGAACCUUGAUCUUAAUCUCAUCCACGUGAAUGCUGGCUCUGAACGCAAGCGAAAAAGGAUCUCCUCAUGCAUUGUACUCUUACACGACCCCGUCCCACCACCCACGAAAGUACCCCCUCCCCCAUUUUAACUCCCAUCAGAAAGUGAAAUUACUUACUCAUAUGUAAAUGUGUGUGUUCAGUAGCGCAUAUCUUCUACCGCCAUCGCGCGCGCCUUCGCCAUCGGAUUCACUCGCAGCCAGUCACUCCACAUCAAAUCCCAACAACUAUAUUACAAUCUUCCACCUUCUUUGUUUCUGCACAGAGAAGAUGAGGGAGAAGAAAAAAAAUAAUGCGUGGCCUUAUUAGUCGAGAAACAAAACAACAGUUCAGAAACCAAAAAAAAAGUAAUAAGAAAAUUGGAAAACUGUAAUCGGAAAACAUUAGGGUUCAACGAAUAUUGGACAGUGAGCGUUUUUCUUGAACUUGUUCUUAGGGAAGUCUAUUAAGAUCUAAAAUUCGAAAUUUUAUCGUAGCUUAACGAAAAUUCGGCUUGAGCUUUAAACUUUUUAGCAGAAACGAAACUGUGUAUAUCGCUGUAAUAAUGAAAAUUGAACUACAAAAAUCAGUAAGCUUUGUUUUAGAGAGAAACGGUUAAAGUUUAUGCGUAGCACAAACAGAAGCAAGUAAAACCGGCGUGUGUUUUGAAAUUGUUACUGAAUAGUAAAGUUAUUUUAACGAAAUGCCAGCAGAAGGGAAUAUAAACGUUGCGUUUGUGGUUUGAGCGUUUAAAAAGUUUUACCGAAGCGAAAAAUUGAAAGAGAUUUAGCCAGGAUACAAGAAUUCUUUUGUAGGAAAAAGUUUUCACUAUUAGAAGAUACUCCUCUCAGCGAGAAGAAAAAACGAAACGUUGAGAUAAGAUGUAGAAACGAGAUUUCAUAUACGUAUUAAGUUUUUGCCAAUUCCCUUCUUCGAAUCCCUGCCACACACACCAAAUCGUCCUUUUCCAACCAAAUCUAGCCCAGCUUUCCCUGCAGCGGGACAGACAGAUAACAGUACGAAAGGAUGUCUUGGACAGAAAAAAAAAAUAAGCAAAGAAACAUUUUCUUGUCUCAUCACCCCUCAUAGUAGAACAGAGCAUCGCUCAGGUACAAUGCAAUCUGGCUGGCGUCUGUUUUUCCUCUCGCGAGACAGGCGAGGGAAAUUGAGAUAGAAAACUUGACAGUCAUUGCAUUUAAUGUGAAGCAAACGAACGGAAAGGAAAAUCGCAUGAAAUUGAAGCUAGCAUUACAAAGAUGAUUGAGCAUUAGGCAAAGUGAAACGUACUCCCGGAAUGCGAGUGUGUGUAAUAUACCAAAUUAUAUUUUUAUUAUCGUUUAAGUUUUAGCGAAACAGAAGAAAAAAUACAAAAACAGAAAAACAUAAAAAGAUAUUAUCGAUUGAGAGCAAAGAUCCCCCUUGACUGAUAAGUAGUUAUUCUUUGAAGAUAUAUAUACAUAGCUAGUGGUUUAAGUACUUAGUUAAAAUAUUAUACAGUUUUUACUGAGAAUAAAAAGAACAGUUGAAAAGCUGAAAUCGAUAUGAUGCAAAGAAAAUAUAUCAAAUUGUAUAUGGAACUUAAUGGAAUUGUAUAUAUAAACGAAAAAGAUUUUAAAAACUGAAAUCAGGUCAGGAGACGAACAAAACGCAAAUGCAAAUAUUUCAUAGAAAUCUGAGAUACUUUUUAGAUAGUGCAAGCAAACGAAUCUUUGUAUAGAAUGAAACAAUAUAUUUCAUUUAGACUUGUCAAUUGUAUAUAUACUGAACAGAAAUCUCUCUAUAGGCCAUAAGAUUUGAAGUCAAUUGAUUCUCAAAAUAGAUAAAAGAAAAUAAAUGAAAAGCUGAUUUUGACGGA